AUGUAUGCGCUCUCGGCCCGUACACGCAUUGCGCUGGGGAAGCAGACUUGGCUAAGCGGCAGUGCAGAGCUAAGCACUCUUGCAGGCCUGGCGGCAGCUCUUCAGGGCAAGAUGAUGGGACGACAAAGGAGGGAAGGCGGUGCUGUGGCAGGGAGUUUCAGAGGCUUUGUCUCGCUGCGUCAUAAGAUGAAAGGUCACGACUUGAUAGCGCGAGCAGCGUGGGGCGAGCAGUGUGUGGACCGUUUUGGCCGCUACUGGACGCUGCCCCGUGCGCUCUCCCUGGACUUCGCCUCCCUCGUCUCAAGGGAAGGGCUGCGCUACCGCUUCGGUUUGCAGCACGUUGGAGGGAAGCCAGAGGAGAGUUUAAAGCCAGGCCACGGGGUCUCGUUGGUGGUGCCGUGGGGGGCGAAGGCAGGCACGCGGGCACAGGCAGGCAUGUCGCUGGAGGGGAAAGUCACCGUGUGGAAGGACCGAUCGGUAACUGCACAGCUGGGCAUGUUUGAGCGGGCUCUCUUCGACCACACUCUUCUCAAUGCCACGCUCACCUGCGGUUCCCUCUCUGCUGCCGGCUACAACCUCUCGAAACCUGCGUCCGCCACGUCAGCGCCGGCGCCGGAUGCCACGUCAGCAGUGGCGUCGGGUGCCACGUCAGCAGGCUGGAGGAGAGAGGAGCGGGGUGCUCCGACGCUCUCGCUGUCGUUUCAACAACAGAUAUUUGGACCAGUGAGGGGUCGCUGGGAUGCCUGCAUGGGUGUUGAUGCCAAGGCUCCCCUCGCUGCUCCCACCUUGCUCGACUCAACCUAUGCCCUCGAUUGCUCCCUGGAGAGGCUCGGAGCUGCCAGGCUUGUCGUCUGGUAUUCCCCAACCAGACGGGAAGGCAUGGCGGAGGUUCGGUUGCUGGACCGGUAG